AUAAAAAUUGUAGCUUGCAGUAUUGAUAAUCCUAAUUUUGAAAAAUGGAUAGCUGAUUUGUAAUUGGGGUUUGGGAUGGCGUGUAUCCUCCAUCCGGUGCGCCUUAGUGUGUGCCGGGUGUCUGCCCGCACAUUCAGUUCCACGACUGAGCUUUGCAAACGAUCGCAGUUGAAGCCGCGUCUCCUUGAUCGUCGGCCAGAUCCAAUUGACAUCACCGAAGACCUUGGCGAGUUUGAGAAACUCUUUCGCCAGUCGCACUUUGCACACCUUGGCGAGCCACGUGGACAACGCCUUGUAGCAAAAGUCAUAGAAAUUCGAGAGGACACCCAGAAAGCUUACGUCGACUAUGGUGGAAAAUUGCAUGCAGUUGUGGAUAUGCCCAAGUCCGCCUCGAGGAAGCUAACCAAAGGUGAUCGCGUGAUGAUCGAGUUGGAGGACACAGAAAUUAGUGCCCGUUUGCAAGGUGCGCCAAAGCAGUUUUCUAUAUUGGAGAGCCAAGCAAGGCUUGUGCGCUCCAUGCGUCAAGGUCCUGCUUCAACUAGACAACAGCAGCAGCAGCAGCAUUCUGCAGAAAGUACCGGCGUACCACCACAGCAGCAGCACCGCCAACAGGCAACACAGGAGCAGAGCCAAUUUGAGCAGCAGGAGCCUGUGCGCACGCAGAUCCCAUGGUACCAACAGGAGCAAGUGCAGCAGCAGACGCAAUGGCAGCAUGAAGCGCACCAGCAGCAACAGGAGCAUGUAACUUGGGAGCAGCAGCAGCAACAACCACAGUACGGACAACCUCAGCAGCAUAUACCCUGGGAGCAGCAGCAGCAACAGUACGAGCAGCCUCAGCAGCAAAUACCCUGGCAGCCUGACUGGCAGCAGCCGCAACACCAGCCACAACAACAAGAACUUUGGCAGCCAGACUGGCAAGAGCAAGAGCAACAGCAGCACCAGCAGCAGCAACAGCAACAGGAAGUAUGGCAGCCAGACUGGCAGCAACCACAAGACCCGAAAAACUGACGCUACACGCACAGUGCUGAUCUGUGACAUUCGCUGCUCGGGGAAAAUUGCGAUCCUGCGGAAGCAUGCGGAAGCAGAUUUUUCCACCUUUUUUUGAAGUUUCAGUUGCUUGAAACAUCAAAGUGUGUGAGUAUCACAUGGACCAAGCUCUUUCCCUCCGCAGUCUGUAGAUGUGCGUAGCAUGCAUCGUACUGUACGUGAGGACUGGACUGGAGUGCAUGCCAUAUUGAAUGGUACAUGAUGGAGAUUUUCUUCUCACUGUCACGACCCCCUUUUUUUUUUUCGAUGAGAGAUAGGCAGCCUUUUGGUAGGCAAACUGGUGAAUCGACCGAUCCCCCUCCCCCAAACAAUCGUAUACUUCGCGCAGGUUGUGCCAAUAAUAGAGUUAUUUACCCAA